AUGCCUAAAAUUAAAAGCUAUCCUAUUUAUAAAAAGUUUCUUAAUAAAAAAUCGCUUACUGAAAUUAGUAAAUAAACAGUUUAAAGCUCAAAUAUUGUUGAAACAGAAGAAGAUGAUAAUGAUGAUUAAAACUCUAUUAUUGGAAAUAGUAUUAAUGAUAAUGCAAGCAAUUCUAAGUUUAAAAUUUAUAAAAAAAUUAAAGGAGAUUAUUCAAUUUAUUGGUAUUUAUAACCUAAUUAAUGUAACUGGAAACCUGAUGCCAGAGAAGGAUAAUCUCUUGUAACAGAAGGAAAACAUGCAUAUUUAUUCGGUGGUAUUGGAAAAGAGCUUUAUAAUUAAAUAGCUGAAUUAGAUUUAACUAAUUUCAAAUGGUAAAUAUUAAAAUAAGUUUAAGGUAAUAUUCCUUCUGCAAGAUAUGGGCAUAGUUGUAAUAUUUAUAGAAGAAACAUAAUUAUUUUCGGAGGAUAAUAAAGAUCGAACUAAACAGUUUUAAAAACAAGAGAACUUUUGUAGGAUGUUUACUUCCUUAAUAUUGAUACUUUAACAUGGAAGCUUAUCAAUUGUUAAGGUGGUCCUUUAUAAUAAAGAAGAAACCAUGCAUCAGCAAUUAUUGGAAGAAAUAUGCUAAUACAUGGAGGUAUUAAUAACAAAGAAUAAACUUUAAAAGAUUUAUGGAUAUUAGACUUAGUAUGGGUUGAAGCAUUAACUAAAUGGGCUGCUAAUAUUUAAUAUGAAGGUUUAUAUGCUUUUGGUGGUAGAAAUAAUAAAGGGGAUAUUCUUGGAGAUCUAAAAAUAUUAAAAACAGAUUGUAAACCUUUAUAAUGGAUUAAAAUAGAAACUAAAGGCGUUUUACCAAAACCUAGACAUUCACAUUCUUAAAAUUUCAGUUAACAUUAUAACUUUUUGAUUAUUUAUGGAGGGUAAAAUGACAAUGAUUCUUAAGUAUUUUAUAAUGAUAUGCAUUUAUUAAAUGUAGAUGAUUUAAAUUGGAUUAAAGUUACAAGUAAUUCUUAUCCUGCAAUUAGUAGAUCUAGCCAUUCAGCUUGCAUUUUUGAUACGAAAUUUAUUGUUUUUGGAGGAAUUAAUAUUGAUGGAUUAAUUCCUUCAUUACUUAGUAUUGGAGAAUUAG